CGCGUCCUGGUGUGGUGCUGGGCGCCAUGGAGGUGGGACGGCGCGCCGGGCCCGAGGCCAGCGCCGCACUGCUCCGCGCCUUCCUGCGGCGCGGAUACCGCCUCAUCGACACCGCUUACAUGUACGCGGGUGGCGAGUCCGAGCGCAUCCUGGGCACGCUGCUGGCUGGCGGCACGGAACCCGUGGAAGUUGCCACCAAGGCCAAUCCCUGGGAUGGGAAGACGCUGAAGCCCGAGAGUGUGAGAUCACAGCUGGACACGUCCCUAGAGAGGCUGAAGAGGGCGAGUGUGGAGCUCUUCUACCUUCAUGCUCCUGACCACGGGACCCCGGUGGAGGAGACGCUGCGUGCCUGCAAUGAGCUGCACAAAGAAGGAAAGUUUAAAGAACUCGGUCUAUCAAACUACGCAGCGUGGGAGGUCGCAGAAAUCUGCACCAUCUGCAAAUACAACAACUGGGUGAUGCCAACUGUGUACCAGGGUAUGUACAAUGCCACCACUCGCCAGGUGGAAGCCGAGCUGUUCCCUUGCCUGAGAUACUAUGGACUGCGGUUCUACGCCUACAAUCCGCUUGCAGGAGGGUUGUUGACCGGCAAGUACAAGUAUGAGGACAAAGACACACGCCAGCCCACUGGAAGAUUUUUUGGGAAUGACUGGGCUCAAGCCUACAGGGACAGGUACUGGAAAAAACACAAUUUUGAAGGAAUUGCCCUAGUAGAAAGAGCUCUGAAAAUUGCUUACGGCUCCAGUGCACCAAGCCUGACCUCCGCUGCUUUGCGUUGGUUGUACAAUCACUCGAAACUGCAGGGUUCUCUUGGAGAUGCAGUGAUCAUUGGGAUGUCCAACUUGGAGCAGCUAGAGCAGAACCUUAACUACAGUGAAGAGGGUCCCCUGCUCCCACCAGUCGUGGAGGCGUUUGAUGAAGCCUGGAACCUGACUGCGCACGACUGCCCCAACUAUUUCCGCUAGACUAGGAGUAGAACUGUCUGGUGUCCAAGCACAAGGACUGCUGCUAGUCCUCAUUGCUGUCAUCACCGUCAUCCUCCUCCUCCUCUUCCUCCUC